UUAUUACCUUAUGUUGUAAUUUCUAUUUAAGAUGCCUUUAUUUCAAUGUCUAGGAUCUCUUAGAAAGUUUGUGUGGUUUCUGGUCAGCUGGUGUAUGUGGCUAGAUUAAGUAGUUUUAAUCUAAGGUAAAAUGCUCUUAUCAUACUAUAUCCUGUAAAAGCUGAGAACAGUUACUGUCUGUCUGAAUUCAAUACAUGCUUUUGUGUGGUAUCCAAUGUAUUAUGCUUGAAUCAGUAUUCUUUUCAUGGUUGGCCUGUGUCCAUGGUGCUGGGAUUAGACAUUGUUGGGAAAGAUGUCUAUUGGAAUUCUGAAAGAAGUGUCGGACAAAGUAGAGCUUGAAAUGAUGGGAGAAGCUUUUUGGUAUUAUUUACAAUUUGAUACAUCAUGAAGCCUUAGAUGGUGAUAGUUUCUUUUUGGGGCAACAAGUUCUUCAUGCAUCAAUUGUUGUGUUAUAUGGUUGUGAAAAUGCCAUUGCCAGAAUGAAAAGAAGGGGUUCCUGUUAUCUAUCAGACUAAGCAUACUGCCCUACGCAUAUUAGUCUGCAAUCUAAUUAACUCUUUCAUUAGUUGAACCCAUAAGCUACUCAGUUUUCUUCGUUUCUUGCACCUUUUGACAUGAACCUGUGAUGUCUGGUCUUGAUCCGAAUAGGACGGUUUUAAUUUCCUGGGGAGAAGAUUCUAUUCAGAAGAGUUUGGAUUUGGAAGUUAAAAGGCUUUAAAAGAGUUGUUAAUUUCAACCUUCUAAUGCUUUGAGACUUUGAAGCUUCUAGGGAGGCAGUGAUCAUCAUAAGGAGUUCGUCCAUAAUCUGUGGUACAAAACACAGAGGGGACGGUAAGGAUUAGGUUUGGCUAUGAAUCUUCUAAAUCCUGUUUGAUAUAAGCACCUAGCAUUACUCAAAAAUUUCCAAAUGCAAAUCUAAGUUCUAAUAGAAAUCCUUGUUUUGUGUUUAAUAGAAUUUCAAGGUACCCUGGGAACAAAAUCCUUGAAUUUCAAGCGGCUGAUGGGAAUUCUGGAGCCACCCAAAUCCAGGGGGAUAAGAGUGUUUGGUUGAAUCCUAGGAUUUCAAGGAAAUAUUAUGAAAUCCUAGUAGGUGUUUAAUGGAAUAGUGAUGCUAUCCCAAUGGAGAUGUCAAGGCAUUUCCUGAAACCAAUGGGCAUCCUCUUCAAAUAAAGAUUUUUUAAUUUAUUUUUACAUCACUCAACAGUUUCAUCCAGAAAUAUUUGGGCCAUUGUGGGACCAUCACAGUAUUUAAAUAUAUCCGUUAGUUUUAUUUUUUUUUUGUAUAAUAUGUUUAUACAAUAGUUAUUUACACAGUAAUAUUUUUGUAUGAUUUGAUUAGUAUAUAUUUUCUAAUAAGUAUAUCAUAGUUCCGUUUACUACCUGUUAUUUUUCAUUAGCGCCUUUUAUAUGAUUUUAUUGUUUAUAUUUUAAUUAUAUCUAUCAAUAUAAAGCUAUUUAACCUACAAAAUAUGAUGGUAAACGAAUAUUUUAUUGUAUUAAAAAUAUGUUUUCUCAAAUUUGUUUCUAAUAUGAAUCUUUAACAAAUAAAGUAUGACAGGAGCCUCAAGCAGUAGGUCACCCUCUUUGGUUUUGUAGUGAUCCUUUAAUCCCUUUUUUAUAUUAUUUUCUUGGUCAAUCCUGAUCUGAGCAACUUUGAUUUGGUUGAUCCUAUGAAUUCUGUUUAUAUCACAUGUAACUAAUCUUGAUGCCAUUAUUGAUAUUGCAAACUAUACUUGAACUAUAAAUUGAUUGGAGGCUUCCAUCGAUGACUUUGUUCAAGAGACGUGCACAUUACUUUUUUUCUUAUACUUUCUUCUCUAUUUCCUUUUUCCUUGUUUGUUCUGCCAACAUGCCUCUUCAAUAAUACUACAUUUGUUCACCCUCUCUGGAUCCUGCGGGAGCCUUUUGCAAUGGGCCACUUGGUAACAUGCCUGUACACAACCGAUCCAUACCCUGCAUCACUGAUAUGUAGGAGCAUGCCGUCCAGUAGGUGGUGUUUUCUAGCUACUUCCUUUCCUCUCAUAUCAGUUUUGAAUUGUUGAUUUCUUACGCCACUGAGCUCACCAUUGAUCGGUAAAGAAGACAAUGGCAGGUUUAUCCAACAGAUUGACUGCUUGCCUGCACACUGGGCAGCUUGCUCUUUUGGCAAUUCUGGUCUCUGGUGGAAUAGUAUUACAAAUUUUGGCAUGUGCUUUAUACAAUAACUGGUGGCCUAUGUUAACAGCCUUGAUGUAUGUGAUCCUUCCUAUGCCAUUGCUGUUCUUUGGGGGUUCCAGCUCACUCAUGUCCGGUGAUGGAGAUGGCUGGGUGAAUUUCACGAAAUUCUUGACGGGAGCAUCAGUUGUAGGAAGCAUCGCGAUACCCUCCAUAUUGAAGCAUGCAAAUCUCAUUGGAUGGGGUGCUCUGGCAAUGGAGCUGUCUUCAUUCGUGGUCUUUGGUGUGGCGAUCUUGUCGUUCCUUCAGAUGAGUGAUCGUGACGAGUAUAGUUACUUCUAAUACUUGAUUAAUAACUCAUCAGGGAAUUACAAAACACCUGUUUAUUCCCCUCAUGUACAGAGGUACGCUUUCCUUUCAUUGAGAAGAGGCAAUUGCUGCUUGUGAAUUUAUGCAACUGUGCUGCCACACAGUUUGUUACUAGAUUUUGUUUUUGUUGUUUGAAAGAUGUUGGGAAUAGUAUUAUACCUUUUGAUUAUUGGAAUAAAUUAUUUUUUAACUUUAA